UAUAAAUAAAUAAAUAUAUAUAUAUAUGCACCUGCGUAUAUGUGCAUACACAUAUACUGAUGCAAAUGGAUCUUACCGAAGCAUUUGCGCCGAACCAGGCAGGAGGUACUAGUACUAAUGAAAAAACGACGGAUUACUUCGACUUCGUUGUAUCUCCUCCUCCACACUGCACCAAUACAGAUGGUACAGUUGAUGACGAUAGUUUUCUGCAACGAACAGACAGAGCAACAAUAAAUUAUCUUAGCGACACGCGGAUUCACGAUGGUUUUAUUAAAGAAACUAAUAAUAAUACCCUUACAGCUCUUCCACCAGUAUCAACGAUUACUGGAUCACUGGGCCAUAUCAAUCAUCACAAUCAUCAUCGUAGUACCAGAAAUCACGAAUGUCAACUAACGAAUAAUGAUCCUAUAACUGUAGAUCAUACAGCCCAGGACUGUGAUUAUUGGGUUUCGGAUGAUAGUAAGGAACAAACUUGUAAUAUACUUCUUGAAGAUCUUAAUAAAUAUUGUUGGUCUUCGCCAACAUCAUCUUCUAACGAUCAAAAUCCUGGUCUUCUUAUACAACGCAGGGACAUACCAUUAAGUGACUCACUUCAAAUACAUCAACAACAUUGCAUAAAUGACGAUCGUCAGAACACGGAUGGCGCCAUAUACACGCUAACCGUACUUAAGAGUGAACCUAAUUCGAUGGACGGAUUAGAAUGUUGUAAAAGUCCAACUGGCGGUGUGGGGAGCGAUGGGUGGUCACUGCGACCAAAUCAUUUGGAUUUAGACGCAAUCUUAAAUAUGGAAAGCAGUGUCAAUAUUAGUGCAAGUGGAGAAGCUACAGGUACCGAUAAUGUUGUCGUUAGCACUGAUCGUGACAAUGAUCGAUCGAUAUGUGUUAUAGCAAACGGUGCUGCAGUGAAUAAAUUCACUGGUGUAAUGACAUCACAAUAUGCGACGGAAGAUCAAACGGUUUUCGGUAUGACACUAAAAACAGAGCCGGGUGACAAUAAUAAUGAUUGGAAACUCUCUGAUCGAAAUAGUGUGCAAAAUGCGGUAACAGUUACAGAAUCUGCCGCUGAAAGUUUAUUGAGAAAUGCUCUUCAAGGCAAAUUAUAUUCUGGUGCAGUAACAUCAACAUCCUUAACAAGUGCAUCGACUGUAAGGAUGCUGGGAGAAUCUCGAGUAGGAGUACAAGAAAAUCAAGAUGAAGAAAUGCAUGGUUGCACAGAUGACCUAUUACUUUCUCAAUUAGAUGUCGAUACAGCUUAUAGAACUAGUAAUUACGAAAAGCUUAAAAAUAUAGCCAAUGAGGUUGUAGAAUCGUAUUGUAAUUUGGAACCAGUGUGCAAUGUAUCAGCAACGACAGUCAUGUACACACUUGAUCCAACUAGUGGCAGUCUCGGAACAAUAACACUUCCUGCAGAUUUGUCACAGGUAGGCACAGUGACCGUUGUGACGACCGCUUCUCCCCAACAGGAUGCUGUACAUCAAGAUUCUAGACAUGCAGAUACGCAGUCACAAUCAAUUAAUAAUCAGCGUCAAUCGACAACUAGUAAUCAACUCCAAGGUAAUACCAGUGGUAAUCGAGCACCAGGGACUAAAUCGCCAAAAAAAUAUGUACGCAAAGUGAAUCGCACCUCGGCUAUUGGAACAUCAAGUGCUACCAAUUCCAGUGCAAUCAUUACUAGCUCAUCACAAAUUACGUCAGGAAGCGGAGCUAUAAUUGGUUCACCAGCAAAUGUUCAGCAACGUAAGGAACGAUCUUUGCAUUACUGUAGUAUUUGCAGUAAAGGCUUCAAGGAUAAAUAUAGCGUUAAUGUCCACAUAAGAACACAUACCGGUGAAAAACCAUUCGCUUGUUCGUUAUGUGGAAAAAGUUUUCGGCAAAAGGCACAUCUUGCCAAACACUACCAAACUCAUGUUACCCAAAAGCCAAGCGUCGCAACAGCAGCUCAAGCAGUGGUGGCUACAGCCAAUAGCAAGAGCAGUAACAAUAAUAAUACUAGUGGUAGUAACAAUAGUCGAGCAACAAACAGCACUAAUAGUAAUUCAACAAGCUCCAGGAGAGCACCAAGUCCUACUAUAACAGAUCUGCAGGUUCCUGGCGUCCAGCAACAACAGCAAAUAUGUGCAACUAAUUCCCCUAUUGUACCAGCUACUCGUAAUCACUCCAGCUAGCUUUCAUUUAUCUCACUUCUUUUUCGUUUAG